AUGCCCGACACCAGACGGCAGGAUGCUAUGAGCAAGCUCUCAUCAGGCUACGACCAUGAUGAUAAUCACCACGGUUCAAUGUCCGAUAGAACAGGCAGCUGGUUUUUCGAGGAUGCACGUGUGAAGCGCUGGCGCGACACCAACCAAUCUAGCAUUCUAUGGUUAACAAGCAGCCCUGGGCAAGGAAAGUCCGUGCUCGCAAAGGCACUCGCAACGCAGGCCGGAGAUUGGUGGGGAAAAGGACACUUGGCCCCUGAAACACAUACGACUGUUACUUACUACUUCUUCCGUGACGGACAUGCGCGGCGGAUGACGGCUGCCAGUGCGGUCUGCGCUCAGCUACAUCAUCUCUUUGGGAAGUCGCCGUAUCCUGCCUUUAUCGAGCAAACCUGGGCCCAACUACCCACAGGACGGGAGGCUGGAAACUUGUUGAAAGAGCCAUUGUCGGACUUUGACAAAGUAUGGCCUCAUUUUGUACGGUGUGCCCGCGAUGCGCGUGCUGGGCACUUUGUAUGUGUUCUGGAUGCCGUGGAUGAAUGUGAGUCCAGUGAGAGGACGCAACUUCUGCGAGCUAUCGCCCAGUUCUACUCGGAAGAUACAGGUCUAGUGCCAGGCCCGGCGUCGAUCGUGAAGCUUUUGGUGACCAGCUGCUCGUUAGAGGGUGGCUUAAAGCGGGACUUUGAGGAGCUUCGAGAUGCAGCUGGUGCCGGAGUGACCACUUUGAUUGGCAUUGAUGAGCUGAAUCAUCGAAUCCAGUUGGAUAUGGAGCCUACUAUCAACGGUGUUCUCGACCAUCUUCAGGGCGAGCAGCAGCAGCGGGCCAGACAUAUCCUACGGGGAAAUGAAACGAAGAGUUGGCUGUGGCUGCGAGUGGCCACUAGCCUGAUUCUUAAUACGCUCAAAGCAGAGACAGAUGGGUCUUCACCCUUUGCGAGCGUGGACACUCUGCUAGGAGACUUUCCAACGGACGUGGACGGUGUCUAUCAAAAAGCAUUGGACAUGACGACUGCCAAAUGGGGUGCUCCACUGGUCGACCGAAUGCUUCAUGUUCUCCUGGCCGUACAGCGACCGCUAUCAAGCCGAGAGCUACUUUCGGCGAUUGAGUUUUCAGAUGCCGAUCCUGUCGCUGCUAUAUCCACUCCGCAUCGGCGCUUUUAUGGGGAGUUGGCUAGACGGCACCCUGAGCAGAAUGACCUUCUCAUGGGUAUUCUGGAUGGCGUUUUGUUAAGGAAUCAACAAACGGUCACUAUUAUUCACAAAUCAGCGAGGGAUUUCCUGCUGAGGAGGAAUGAGACUCCAUCACCAGCGCUGCCCAACGCAUCAUCCUCUUGGAGAGGUCGUGUUGACAUGGCGUUGGGACAUGAAAUGCUUACGCGAGCAUGUCUCUUCUUCCUACUAACCCUCAAGAUGAAAUCAUAUGUGCAUUACAAUGAGCACAAAUACAAAAAGCCAAAAGUACAGAGGAAUAUGCGACGUGAGGAGCGCAGGGCCCCGUUUCUACGAUAUGCUGCGCAAUACUGGCCCAUUCACUACAAUUCACAACCCAAGUCCGCCGCAGAAGCAGCCCUGGAUCCAGUUCGGGUGUUGUGCACUGGCGAUGGCCCGGAACGAAACAACUGGAUGUAUCUAUACAGCGGGUAUGGAGGAUGGUGGUGGUCUGAUAUCGACGUUGCGGCCCAUCUCGGCAUCGUCCCUCUGGUCAGAGAGAUACUGGACAAGCUGCGAGGAGCCGAUGGCGCGGAAGACCCUGCCAGGGACCCCGACAGCUGGCAUAACUGGCCACGGAGAGGCCUCUGCCCGUUGUACAAAGCUGUGGGGCGCGGGGACAUCAGAGCCACGCGAAUUCUAUUCGAUCAUGGCUUCAUUCUGAGGCCAGGCUGUGAAUGUGAUCGGUCGUUGACGACCGCGGCUGGGAACGGAAAUACGCAGCUGGUCAGAUUACUCUUGAAUCGAGGAGCAAGCAUCAGCUGGGAGAGCGAGUUUGGUGGCACGGCCCUGGCAGACGCAUGCCAUCAUGGCCACGCAGACGUGGUGAAGCUCCUCCUAGAUCGGGGGGCCAAUGUCAACACGGGAUUUAGCAAUAUUGGCCUUGCCUCGCGGAACCCGCUAGAAGCAGCGGCCUACGGGGGAUAUCUGUGGAUCGUGCGGGUGCUGCUGGACCGCGGCAUCGACGCCCAGUCCUCGGGAAUCAAGGCACUCUGGGAAGCAGCGGGUGAAGGCCACAAGGAGGUUGUCCGUCUUCUGUUAGCGAAGGGCGUGGCUCCCAACGUCUCAUGUAACUCUCUGUCGGGCAGUGCGCUGUGCCGGGCUGUGCGCUACGGACAUCGGGAGAUUGUACAAGCGCUACUCGACCACGGGGCACAAGUCUUGGAGAAUGAGAUGAAGGAGGCGUUCUCAAAAGGAAACGAUGAUAUUGUGGAGUUGCUGAUGGAUCCGUACAUUUCUUUGCUGCUCUCCUGA